AUGGGCACAAACGCCUCCCUGGUGGCCCAGUUCAUCCCCAUGGGCUUCUCCCACCUGGCCCACCUGCAGGGCUGGCUCUUCUUCCUCUUCCUGGGCGUCUACCUGCUCACUGUGGCCAACGACCUAUUCAUAGUGGUCAUGGUGUCGGCCGACGCCACCCUUCAGUCCCCCAUGUACUUCUUCCUGCGCGUGCUGUCAGCCCUGGAGAUUGGCGCCACAUCGGUCACCCUGCCCCGCCGCCUCCUCACAGGCCAGCGCCACGUGCCCCACAUGGGCUUCACUCUCCACAUGUUCUUCUUCCUCUUCCUCAGGGCCACGGAGUGCUGUCUCCUGGUGGCCACAGCCUAUGACUGCUACGCAGCCAUCUGCAAACCCCUUGGCUACCCACUCCUGCUGAGCCACAGGGUGUGCCUCCAGCUGACAGGGGCCGCGUGGGCCUGUGGAGCGAUGCUGGGCCUGAGCCACACCUCCUUCAUCUUCUCCCUGCCCUUCUGCAGCCCCGACGCCAGCCUACACUUCCGGGUUCUUCUUGCCCUGUUUGCCAGGUUCUCCUUCUCGGUUGCCUUGGGCCGGCCCCUGCUCCACCACUCCCACCGGACUCAAGGAGACUUGGCAGGCACUCUCCAGAUGUCAGUCCAGAUCCGCCGGUACCAAGAGGCUCUCCUCCGGGGCAUCAGAGCAGGGGCUGAGAAGCCCAGAGUUAAGGCGGCCAACUCAGAGGAACCCUCAACCUGGUGA